AAGAAUGAACCCCAAUCGAUGCCUUCCCUGCCACCAACAGACUCGUCCUCACCUUCCGACCCCCCGCCCGUCCCCGUCGAGACACACCCCUACCGCACCUCCUUCUCCUCCGCGCUGAGCCCGUCCCGCCUCCCCGACCCGACGCGCCUCGCCCCUGAAGAUGCAUACUUCGCGCCCGUGAUGCGUUCGCGCACGGAGACCAGCUAUGAUGAGUCUCUGGCGGUGUUGAACGGCGGCGCUGCGUUUGGAGGUGCGGCGCGGAAGGAUUUGCGCAAGGUGGGCGGUGGGGCCGGGGGGAGGAGGAGGAAGAGGAAGGGGGCUUGGAAGAAGUUGCUUUGGGUUCGGCAGUCUUAUCCAGAUAACUACACCGACACCGAAACCUUCCUCGACCAUCUCCAGCGCAACCCCCGGGUAAGGCCGUACGACUUCUGGCCGCUGGUGGCCGACUCGACGGUUAUCGUGCAGCAUGUGUGCUCUGUUGCGAUCUUUGUGUGCUGCUUUGUGGGCAUCGUGCAGGGUCGGUUGAGUCCUGUGUCGGUUGUGUGCUGGGGGAGUGUUGUUACGGGGAUGGGCUGGGUGCUGUGGGAUAUGUGGUUUUUGAGGGCUCAUGGGGAGGAUGCGGCGGCGGCGGAGGAGCGCGCUGCGGAGACCGCUGAUGAUGGGUCGAGUUCGAGCUCGCUGGCUAGUCGGGAUGCGGUGGUGCAUGGGCUGGGACUGGCCAUGUCGGCUGGGGAGCCGGGGCCGCAUCGGCAGGGAAAUGGCGAGCCGUGCGAUCUGGGAUCAUCGUCGUCACCUCCUCCAUCAACUAGCUACGGCAGCGGCCCAUGGCCAGCAACAAGCGACGAACUCAGCAAGUCACGCAUCCUAACAUCGCGCAACCGGCAGCGCCUAUCAACCCUCAAAUCCGCCUUCCUCAUCUACUUCGCACUCCUCGGCCUCAGCCCGAUCCUCAAAUCCCUCACCAAGUCCACAGCCAGCGACUCCAUCUGGGCCAUGAGCUGCUGGCUCCUCAUAAUCAACAUCUUCUCCUUCGACUACGGCAGCGGCCAAGGCGCAGGCGCCACCAAGUUCCCCGCCUCCCUCUCAACCAACACCGCCGUAAUGGCAUCAACCGUCCUCGCCUCCCGACUCCCGUCAACCCCGCACGUCUUCAGCCUCAUGCUCUUCUCCAUCGAGGUCUUCGGCCUCUUCCCCAUCUUCCGCCGCCAGCUGCGCCACGUCUCCUGGACGGGUCACGUGCUGCUGACGCUGGCGCUGGUGAUCGUGGCCGGGGGUGCCGUGGGCGUGACUAUGCAGGGGGGGCUAUUUGCGGCUGUUGUGGGGAGUGUGCUGGGGAGUGUGCUGACGGCGUUGGCGAUGGGCGGGUGUAGUUGGUGGUUGUUGAGUUUGCAGAAGUAUAAGAAUGUGGUGACGGGGCCGUGGGAUCCGGCGAGGCCGAUUAUCAGACGGCAUUGGGAGUUGUCGUAAUAUAAUUAUCUAAUAUCGUUUUUUCUUCCCCUGUUGGGUUUUUUUCCCUUGUUAGAGAGUGUCUUGUGCACCUCUAUGGAGUAAGAAACCGCUGGUACCACAUGUCCCGCCCCGGAGUAUUAGUUUAUCAUACCCCAGCAUCUAUCGAUCCCCUGAGACUGACCGAAACCGAGACCUGUUCCUGUUCCAUCCGUUCAUCAACAUCGACCUUUGUCCCUCAAGCCAUAAGCAGCCAGAAUAAUAAAAUCCCAGGAUGGUCCGUCUUACUCAGAUCACCCAUUCAACAUUCACACCCACCAUUCAUUCAUUAUCUAAUAUCCCCUGAAGAAAUGAACCAAGAAUGAAAGACCAGACCCCAAGGCCAAGUAUUGAAAUAUGUGUGAUGAGGGGGUGGUUACCUCCAGUGAAGAAUGCACACUGGUAUGUAUACGACACCCUGAUUUAGUGUAAAACAGGGAGGUCACACAGGGGGAGGGAACAUGGAUGGAUCA